AUGUCUUGGUCUCCGUCAGAGGCGCGUUCCUUGCCCUCCUUGAGACCAGGUCAAUUUCCACCUCCUGCAACCUCGCGAGGGAAGCCGACACCUUUGGGAGAUUCGCGAUUGCACCGGUCAUCCACAAAAGCCCACAUUUCACAACUCGAGAACACGGCCGAAUCCCAAAAGUUGCCCAAGCCUACAUCCACCGGUGCCCAGAGUUCAGACUACCUUCAGCUGACCACCUUCACCAAGCGCAAAGAAGCUCCCACGAGCGAGAAACUAGAUUCAGCACGACCAUCCAAGGCUCCCAGGCUCCCCGAAAGAUCCUUGAAAGAUGGAUCCGGACCGCUUUCUUCAUCUCUGGGUCCUAGCCAUGCCCCUUUCGCGGCAGCUCCUUCCAACAGCCAGCCAUUCUUCAGCCUAACGAAUCAAGAGCUCAACACAUUGAGGAGGAAUAUGGGCAAGGGAGCUAGCUACAAGCAAUUCAGAGACAUCACCGUGGCGCGAGAGCUGGACCGCCUUGGCCGUGGUUGGGAUGGAUACCUCCGAGCCAGGGACAUGGCAGAGGAAGAAGGCAAAACCGACGAGUUUUGGCGCCACAUCAGUCUUGAGCUCAACGCUGUUUUGUCAACCACGCAGUUUCGCCCCGGGGCGAUAUCGAUAGAGACAGCUGCUCUGGUCGCGCAGAGCAACUACACCGCUUCUAUUGGAAGGAUGCGGCCUGAAAUUGCGGCCGAGAUUCGGCGGAUGAGGGUGAGGUCACGGUCAAAUCUCCCCGACUCGGGCCUGGCUGGUCCAGACUCCGAUUCGUGCGACUCAACAAUUGUAGGACUGCCUUCAUGUUCACCACCCGUUCCCGAAGCCGACUCACAAUUUUGCCAACGGGGAAGUCCUGACCCCGUUCCGGUUUCCCGACCAAGGAGAGUCUUGAAACGGCCAGACUAUAGAAUACCACCAUUGUUCGAAAGCAGCCCGGAACCGCCGUCGAGCCCGGACCUGCCGCCUAGGACGCCCUCGCCUACGCCUCGAGAAAUUUACAACAGGACGCGGCCGAAGUUCAUCCAAUACUCGUGUGAGUGGAACGGAUGCAAGGCGAGCCUAAAGGACUUGAAGACCCUCAAGAAGCACAUCCACAUCGUGCACGCUAAAGAAGCCAGAGACACUUUGUGUUGCGGCUGGGGGUCCUGCGUCACCAAUACUCCGAGAGCGUAUGAGUCUCCUGAGGAUCUCGAAAACCAUUUCGAAAUCUUCCACUUGGAACCACUCAAGUGGAGUCUUGGUGACUGA